AUGAUCAGUGCCACUAAGCGCUGGUUCCGGCGCAAUCGCAAGGGCCUUGCGAUCGGAGCUGGCGUGAUCGGAGCGGGCUAUCUCGCAGGCCAGUACCUGCUGUCCAAGAUCUCAGAGGCGCGCGAGCGCAUGAGUAGUGACCGCAUUGCUCGGGAGAACUUGCGGCGACGCUUCGAACAAAACCAGACCGACUGUACCUAUACAGUGCUGGCCCUACUACCGACGGCGGCGGAGGAUAUUCUCGAGGCACUUCCUGUGGAAGAACUGACCAAGGAGCUCCAGAAGAAGCGUGCAGAACGACUGGCUCGUCUUAACGCUGGCGAAGGAACAGGCUCGGAUCUAAGCUCGGUGGGCCCCAGUAUAACGGAUGAUGAUCGGCGUAGCUUGUCUAGCUUCCAAAGCGAUGGAUUUGUCCGUACGAGUCAAUUAGGGGAGUCGACCAUCGAGGGGGGCGGCUCACCACGUCCGAAGCGAAACAAGACCCAGCUGUGGAACGAGGUCAAGAUAACCUCUAUCACUAGGUCGUUUACGCUCAUCUAUACCCUGACCUUGCUGACCAUCUUCACUCGAAUUCAACUUAACCUGCUCGGCCGACGCAACUACCUCUCCAGCGUAAUCUCCAUGGCCACACCCCCUGCGGAUGGUUCAACUAUUCGACUUGAGGACCACGAUGAUGACGACCUCACGCAAACACUUGGACAUGACUUUGAGACGAAUCGGAGAUACCUUGCCUUCAGUUGGUGGCUGCUUCACCGAGGCUGGAAGCAGUUGAUGGAUGAGGUGCAGGCCGCCGUGACGGAGGUGUUUGGACCUUUGAAUCCCCGGGAGGACAUCUCGCUGAGCAAGCUGUCGGAAUUGAUCCUGCAAGUCCGUGGGAAGAUAGAGGGCAAGACCGAGGAGGACCGGAAGUACGAGUCCGGGGUUCUUGGAGUAACGGAACCCGCGACACCUCAGACAACAGCGUCGCUGCGCCAUCUCCUGGACGAGACGGCCGAUCUGAUCGACUCUCCGACUUUCAUUCGUGUUAUGUUACUCCUCAACAACGAAUGCUUUCAAACUCUAAUUGACCAAUGCAAGGCCGAUGCGUUCAAAUCAUCCACGCAGGUGCCCACAUCUGUUCCUCAGUCCUUCGACUCGGUCGCCACGGUCGUCCCCGCGGCUGACGGCUCCGACACGAAAACGAAGCUGGCAAAUGUGCUGGCCGUUCUGGCUCGGCAAGCCCAUGUGAUUGGAAAUGGAACAGCUCCCCCAAACCUGUAUCUGACCUCCAUUGAACAGGGGGGCCACAUUGAAGCGCUCACAUCAGAUCUUCCUCCUCUCACCACAACCACGGAGCGCAGGCUCAUGGCCAAGAUUGACUGGCACAUCGUCCCGUGUCUCUGCGUCCUGUAUCUGCUUGCUUUCCUGGAUCGUGUCAACAUCAGCAAUGCGGCCGUACUCGGGCUCGAAACGGACCUCAACAUCGCUACGGGAACGAAGUACAAUACCGCGCUCACUAUAUUCUUUGUGCCCUACGUUAUAUUCGAAAUACCAUCCAAUAUCUUGCUGAAGAAGUUGAAACCUCAUGUAUGGUUGUCUUUUUGUAUGUUCGGGUUCGGCCUUGUCAUGAUAUGUCAGGGUUUAGUCUCGAACUGGGGUGGACUGAUGACGACACGCUGGUUCCUGGGAAUGUUUGAAACUGGCAUGUUCCCUGGAUGCUUCUAUCUUUUGGGCAUGUGGUAUAAGCGCAGUGAGGCACAGAAGCGCUUUAGUUUCUUCUUCAGCUCGACCACGCUAGCGGGCGCCUUCGGCGGUCUGCUUGCCAGCGGUCUAGGGAAGAUGGCCGGACUCCGAGGCUACGGGGGCUGGCGGUGGGUUUUCAUCAUCGAGGGAGUUAUCACCUGCGUGGUUGCCAUUGUCUGGUUCUUUAUAAUCCCGGGGUUCCCAGAGGAUGUCAAGUGGCUUAAUGAGGAAGAGCGAACGUACAUCCGGGCUAAGCUGGCCCGUGAUGCAGGGAAAGCUGGGCAUAAUGCUCGUAUGGGUUGGCGCGAUGUGUUGGCUGUGUUCAAGGACUGUAAACAAGAUCUUCCUUGGCGGGUUUAUGUACUUUGGGCAGCCAUCCAAACCCAACUGUACUCGAUUCCACCAUGGGCAGCCGCGUUUGCAUUCUCGAUGAUAAUUGCAACGUUUUCGGAUCUAACCAGACACCGGUUGGCUUUCACUUUGAUUCCUACAGCAAUUGCUAUGGCUGGAUUUGGAAUACUAUUGAAUGUACACGGAGAGGCUCAUCGACACGUCCAAUACGGCGCGCUCUUCAUGGUGACCUGUGGCUGCUAUAGUGCAAUGCCGGUUAUUGUAUGUUGGUUUGCUAUGAAUCUAGGGGGUCAUCGCAGGCGCAGCGUGGGCACGGCAUGGCAGGUUGGGUUCGGGAACACGGGAGGUAUCAUCUCCACAUAUGCAUUCCUAGCCAAAGAUGCGCCUGAGUAUCGGAAUGGUUAUAUUAUCAGUCUGUCGUUCAUCUGCUUCUCCGCGGCCUGCUGCAUUGGAUACUUUGUGGCUCUCUGGGCGGAGAACAAGCGACGAGACCGGGUCAUGGCCAACGGCGCCCCCGCGGAGCUGCGAGAAGAUGAAGAAGAGGUCCAGGGAGAUCUGGCGGUGACCUACCGCUACGGCUAUUAA